GAGCCGCGAGCCCACUGACGCGAGCUCGCACACUGGGCGGUACGUCUCGGCGGCGGCAGGCUCCGAGAACCGACGGGGCCUGCGAGCCAGCCGAGAGUGGCAGGUCCCCCGUGAGACGGCCGCCAUGGCGAAGGGUGUGUUCGACAGGACGGGGCCCGGCGGCAGUGAUGCUUGGGCUGGUGCGACGGCGGUGCGCACGGCGCCGUGGACCAUCAAGAGGCUGUCUCCGAGCGCAGAGGACGAGCUCGUGGGAAGUGCUGAGGAUGCGCCACUGAGUGAAUAGGCGCCUCCAAGCGAGGGAAUCAUCAGCGGCCGGGACGCGGCGUGACCUCCAGCUUCGGCAAGGUGUCUGUCCCCGCGCUGAACUAGUGGAACGGAAGUGGGCCAUUAUGUCCAAGAGCCAUGGAAAUCACCUCAACGUCACCAAAUCCUGGCAUGAGAUGCUGGAGGCGGAGGGGGCGGCGCUGCCGCUGCGUGUGUUUGACCUGGAGAAGCUGGUGCGGGACCAGCAGGACGAGAUCACCUUCCUCAAAUCGACGGUGGCUGACCUUCAGCGGCGACUGAACGUGGUGGACGGCGCUCGAGCCGUGAGCAAGCUGACGUCGGUGCAGAGCCCGAUGCGGCCUUCGCCCCAGCGGCUCGGCAACGGCCUGCAUGGCGGCUACGACAGGGCGGACGGCCCGCGGCGACGACCCAUGACCGCCCAGAAGAGCCGGCGGCCGUACCACCACCAAUCGACGGGUUCGCUGCACUCGGACGGCCACAGCAGCAACAGCGUCUCGCCAGUCGCAUCGCCCAGCCCCACGUAUGGCCACCAGCGCCACCUGGCAAACAGAGCUGCGCCACUCAACAAGAGAUGGAGCUCCACGUCCGACUUCCAGCCGGCACACCGGGCGCCAGCGGCCAGCCCCAGUCCGACGGCCACCGUCAGCCUGAGGCGGACGGGCCAGACGCCGCGGGGCCGACGGCCGGAGUCGUAUGCCGGCACCGGGUACGUGCUCUUCGAGGAGCCGCUCGACUUGUGGCGACCCAACGACAACCGCGACGGCACGCUCAUCUCACGACGUCCGUUAGGCGGCUCGCUGUCCAACCUGAACCGAGCUGUGGUUCCACGUGGCACGGGCACCAAGGACAUGUCGUACAACGCGGACGAUGGCGUGCUGAAGAUCUUCCUGCGCGGCCGACCCGUCAACCUGUACGCGCCGUCCUCGGUCCGGGAGGAGUACAACGUCAACGGCGCCAACCCGGCGCCGCAGCGCAAGCUCAAGCUGGAGUGGGCUUACGGUUACCGCGGCAAGGACUGCCGAAACAACCUGUACCUGCUGCCCACCGGUGAGAUGGUGUACUUCGUGGCCGGUGUGGUGGUGCUCUACAAUGUCGAAGACCAGAUGCAGCGCCACUACACGGCCCAUACGGAUGACGUCAAGUGUUUGGCGGUUCACCCGAACCGGUUCACGAUCGCCUCCGGGCAGUGCUCCGGCACCAAGGCUGACGCCCAGGCGCAGGUGCACGUGUGGGACAGCGUCAGCCUCAACACGCUGCACGUGCUGGGCGCCGGCGACCUCGAACGAAGCGUCUCGUGCGUCGCCUUCAGCCAGCUGGACGGCGGCUCGCUGCUGGCCUGCGUGGACGAGGGCCAGGAACGCACCCUCUCCGUCUGGGAGUGGCAGCGCGCCGCCAAAGUCACUGAGAACAAGGCCUCUCUGGAGACGGUGGUGGACGUCCAGUGGCACCCGUUGGACCGGGGCGUGCUGAUGACCUGCGGCCGUCAGCACGUCAACUUCUGGCUGCUGGAGGCUGGCUCUCUGAUGAGGCGUCAGGGCGUGUUCGGCGGCCGCGACCGGCCCAAGUACGUCACCUGCAUGGCGUUCACUGACACGGGAGACCUGAUCACCGGCGACUCCGAGGGGCGCAUCCUGCUCUGGGAGCGAGGCGGUAACCAGGUGGCGCGCACGAUCAAGAACGCCCACGACGGCGCCCUGUUCACCCUGCUCGUCGACAAGACGGGCAACAUCAUCUCCGGCGGCAAGGACGGCAAGAUCGUGCAGUGGGACCGCGCCCUCUCCCGCACCGGCAGCGUGCUGGAGCUUCCGGAGGAGUUCGGCGCGCCACGGAUCGUCUCGCAAGGCCGCGGCUGUCAGCUGCUGAUCGGCACUACGCGGAACUGUAUCCUGGCCGGCGACUGGACGGUGCUGCCGCGUCUGGUGGCGCGCGGCCACACGGACGAGGUGUGGGCGGCCGCCGUCCACCCCGGCCGGCCACAGUUUGUCACCGGCGCCUGGGACGGCCACCUGCUCGUCUGGGACGUGAUGACGCACGCGCCCGUCUGGGAGCUCGGUCUCGGCGAGGGUAUCCAGUGCGCCGCCUUCUCGCCGGACGGCUCUCAGCUGGCCGUGGGCCUGGUGACCGGCCGCUGGGACGUGCUGGACGCCGACACGCGUGAGACCGUCUUCUCGCGCUCCGACGGCGCCGAACCCAUCCAGGCGGUGGCGUUCUCGCCCGACGGCCGCAUGGUGGCGCUUGGAUCGCGCAAUAACACGGUUUACAUCUACCAGGCGACGGAUGGAGGCUUCGCGCGCGUCGCCAAGUGCACGGGUCACUCGAGCUUCGUGACGCACCUGGACUGGUCGGCCGACUCUGCCUUCCUGCGCACUAACUCGGGCGACUACGAGCUGCUCUACUGGACGGCGGCCACCGGCCGGCAGCUCACACAGCCCUCGCAGAUGCGAGACACCGAGUGGGCCACCCACACCUGCACCCUCGCCUUCAACUCCAUCGGCAUUUACCCGGAGGCGGCGGACGGCACAGACGUCAACACCUGCUGCAAGUCUCACAGGGGUCACCUUAUGGCCUCCGGGGAUGACUUCGGCAAGGUUAAGCUGUUCGGCUACCCCGCCAACAAGGCCAAGAGCCACCACCAGUCCUGCCGGGGUCACAGCAGUCACGUGACGCACGUCCAGUUCUUCAGCGAGGACGACCGGCUGCUCUCGGCCGGCGGCCGCGACAUGGCCGUCCUCCAGUGGACGGUCGAGUGACCGCUAGUUUAUGGGAGCGCCACCGCGGCGCCACAGAGACCCGCGGCGAGGGGACCGGACUUGGCCGUCAUGAAGUUGUGAGUGCGCGUGUAUGCGUCUGGCCACCCACAAAUAUACGAGAAGGCAGGCGAUUAGGCCACGGCCGAGCCUGGUCCGUUCGAGAUGCGCCCGUUGGCUUUUGAGCGUGCAGCCAAGGCGACGCCCGCUGGCUAUCCCCCGCCGAUGGCGCGUUUUGUUUGUGCUGUGGGUCCCGAUCGGUGGCCUUAUCGUACUAACCGGGCACCCGCCUGUCGGUUUAUGGGUGGAGCUUCGUAUCUCUUCAGAGGUCUUGUUUCCCAUGUCCCUUUAUCCCUCCGCAAUGCGGGGCCCAGAUUGUUCCGAAAAUUGUCAAUUCAAAACUUGCUUUGUGAAUCUGGCGCUCGCAAGCUGUCCGUCCAACAAGUUUUAUGAAGCUCCACCCUGUGUAUGUAUGAUCCGUUUUAUUUCAUUUGUCCACACUGAACAUAGGUAGGCUGGCUACUCCCGCGGUUCAGUGAAGUUUUCGCAUAUGGCCGAUGAGCAAACCGCAGUCACCAGGUGUGCAGUAGGCGUACUUGAGGUCGGUCGCUGCAGACACGCAGGCUUUGAGAGCAGACGGGCGUGUCGCCUCACCAAAGCUUCGAAAACCAGCAGAUGUGCGUGUUUGGAGUGACCUUGGGUCGGUGGUCUUUGUACGGACAAGGGUGGUGCGCGGUAGAUAGGCGAUUUUCCAGGAGCACCUGGCCGUUGUGAGAAGAAUGAGCAGGUCGCGUGAGGUCGUGUUGCCCCUGCGUCCUUAGCAAGUGUUGCUUCCACCGUCACAUGCGCCAACACGGUGACCUGACCGGACAUGUGGGAGGUCACCAGGCGGCUCGAGUGGCCGUUCAGAAGCCUGUAUUUAUCUAACGUGAGGUGGUGUGUGUGUUAACGUUGUGACGUGAAGCCCGCAAAUCGAACGCUUCCUGUCUUUUCGCAUCGUUCAAAGCACAUUUCCGCGAAGCGAGCUUCUCCGCACAAGCUUGCGUAAUGCUCGGAACGUCAUGUAAUCUGGUUGCGCCAUCCUUCAAGUGUAUUACGUCACCGUAUUACGCAACUGCGUUGAACCGCAAUUGCAAUUUGUAGCGUGUGUCGGUCCAGCCGCUUGUUUUUUUUUUGUAAUAAAUCUGUAGGAAUUAA